AUGUCCUCAACACCAUCCCUACCGAAUUUCGUCGUCUGGGCGCCCGACUACACCGACGAGGGUGCUCUCGAACGAAGACUAGCAGUAAGACCUGCCCACCUCGAGAACGCCAAGAAACUCAUCAAUCAAGGCAUUAUACGGGUCGGCGGAGGGCUCUUGACGCCCGAAUCCGUCGAUGCAGCUGCAGCAGACAUGAAGUUCGUCGGAUCGUGCUUGAUCUACGAGGGCAAAACCAUCGAUGCCGUGCGCAAGAUCGUGGAGGAAGAUCUUUAUUAUACAGCUGAUGUGUGGGACAAGGAGAAAAUCGUUAUUCUCCCCAUCGCAUUGGCAACGGGCCUUCCGCCUGUGCCUUCUUGA